AUGAAAGGUCUCAUUCCGAUCAUUCUGGUCGCCCUGUCUCUGGGCAGAAUCGACACUGCCAACGCUUCGCCUGUCGAUGCGAGCAGCAAACAUGACGCUCACGCCGUCAAUCAGUCGGUCGACCAGAACAGCACCGCCAAUGCGUCGACAAAUGGCGCACCUUCCGAAGACUGCUUCUCGGAACUUCUCGGCCCUCUGCUCGGCACCAUGCUGCCGGGCAUGUCGAGUCCGAUGUCGAGCCCCGCGUCGCCCAGCCCGGACACUACUCCUCUCGCAAACAGCAUGCUGCCGCCGUCCAGCCCUGGCGGUUCCACGUCCGUGCCGACGACUGAUACCACGACGCCUUCGACGCCUGAUUCCACUACGCCUGGAUCUACUACGCCUGAUACCUCGGAUACGCGUAACUCGCCUGGCUCUCCUGGCACUUCCGGUUCUCCUGGGGGUCCUGGAGGUCCCGGCUCACCUGGCUCGCCUGGAUCAAGUGAUACGCCCGGCUCUCCCGGCUCUCCUACUUCUCCUGGCGGCCCAGGCGGCCCAGGCGGGCCAGAAUCACCUGGCUCUCCGUCUUCUCCAGGCUCUGCCGCUCCAGGUAGCCCUGGCGGCCCUGGCUCGCCUGAAUCGCCCGAGUCUCCCGAAGAAGGCGGUCCUGCUUCGCCAGGCGGCCCCGGCUCACCAGGUGCUCCAGGCACUCCCGGAGGUCCAGGUAGUCCUGGCCCACCCGAGUCUUACUUUCCGCCUGGCUCUCCUGGAUCGCCAGAUUUGCCAGGAGCACCGGGCUCUCCAGGCUCGAGUGGCGUUGGUGGACCAGGGGGUCCUGGCUCACCGGGCAGCCCAGGCAGUCCAGGCUCACCGGGUAGUCCAGGCAGUCCAGGAUCUCCAGGAAGUCCUGGCUCGCCGGGUAGUCCAGGCAGUCCAGGCAGUCCAGGCAGUCCAGGCAGUUCAGGAAGUCCUGGCUCACCGGGCAGUCCAGGAUCUCCAGGAAGUCCAGGCUCGCCAGGGAGUCCAGGCAGUCCAGGCAGUCCAGGCAGUCCAGGCAGUCCAGGCAGUUCAGGAAGUCCUGGCUCACCGGGCAGUCCAGGAUCUCCAGGAAGUCCAGGCUCGCCAGGGAGUCCAGGCAGUCCAGGCAGUCCAGGCAGUCCAGGCAGUUCAGGAAGUACUGGCUCACCGGGUAGUCCAGGCAGACCGGGAAGUCCAGGCAGUCCAGGCAGUCCAAGCAGUUCAGGAAGUCCUGGCUCACCGGGAAGUCCAGGAUCUCCGGGUAGUCCAGGCAGUCCAGGCAGUCCAGGAUCUCCGGGUAGUCCAGGUUCGUCUGGAAGCCCAGGCUCUCCUGGCUCCCCUGGCAGUCCCGGUUCACCUGGAAGCCCAGGCGCUCCGGGCGCUCCAGGAUCCGAAGGUUCUCCCGGUUUGCCAGGCUCUCCAGGCUCUCCUGGUAGUGCAGGUUCUGAAGGAUCUUCUGGCUCUUAUGGCUCGCCUGGUUCACCUGGUUCACCAGGAUCACCUGGAUCGAAUGGCGGAAACAGUCCAGACUCUCCCUAUCCUCCAGAUUCGCCUGAUUCUCCCGGAUCUAGCGCCAUUGGUGGUCCUAGCUCGCCCGGCAGUCUCGGCUCCCCAGGCUCUCCCGAUUCGCCUGGAUCUCGUGGCUCUCUUGGAUCACCUGGGUCUCCAGGAUCUCUAGGCUCAUCGGGAUCCGAAGGCAGCCCUAGCUCACCUGAUGAUGAAGGGUUAUACGGUUCUCCCGAUAGUCCCGGUAGUCCCGGUAGUCCUGGUAGUCCUGGCAGUCCAGGAUCGCCAGGUAGCCCUGGAUCGCCGGGCACGCCUGGAUCACCCGGUUCUCCUGGCAGUCCUGGUAGCCCCGGAUCACCCGGCAGUCCUGGAUCUCCGGGCUCUCCGGGCUCUCCGGGCUCUCCCGGUUUACCUGGCUCACCUGGAUCGCAUGGCAGCGCUGGAUCACCCGGAAGCCCGGGCUCCCCUGGUUCGCCAGGAUCUCCUGGCUCUCCUGGCUCUCCUGGAAGUCCUGGAUCUCCUGGUUCUCCCGGAUCGCCAGGCUCGCCCGGUAGUCCAGGAAGUCCAGGAACUGCUGGCUCUCCUGGAAGUCCAGGUCACCCCGGCACACCCGGAAGGCCUGGUACGCCUGGACGACCUGGUACGCCUGGCAGUUCCGGUAGCCCUGGCGGUGCAGGAGGUGCCGGCGGACCACCUGGUUCUGACGGUCAAGACUGCGAUCCGGACGACGAGUCGUGCUCCGCUACUCCAACUCCAGGCGAGCAAGACGGAGACGGUGGCAAUGGUGGUAACGGCGGUGACGGUGGCGAUGGAGCUAGUGGAGGUAACGGAGGUAAUGGCGGAAAGGGUGGUCACGGUCACCACGGUGGAAACGGCGGGAAUGGUGGCAAUGGAGGUGAUGGCUCAGACUCGCCUGACCCGUACUCCGACCCAUCCGAUCCUUCUGAUCCUCCUGGACACGGUUCCGACAUGGACGAUGACUGCCACAGACACGAAAGCAAGCGAAGCGUCGACGACGGCACGGCAGAAGAGUCUUCUUCCAGUCAACCCGCGGCUUAUGGUGGCAGUGGCAGUGGCAGUGGUAGCUCUACGACGAGUGGUGGCAUUAGCGAGGAUUGCGAUCACAAAGUCAUGGGUGGCGGCGGCGACGGCUCGUCCAUACCCGCAGGCGGGAUCUCGUCCGGCGGCACUCCAACUUCGUCUUCACCUUCGUCUGAUGGAGGCAGCGGCGGCAAUGGAGACGAACAAGACUGCGACGACUGUGGAAUCACCGGCUCUUCUCUGUCGAAAGGCGGUGUUGCGUCUGGCAACACCUCUUCUGGUUACAGAGAGGGGAACUACUCGGAUGCUCCUUCUUCCACUUCUACUGCUUCUUCGAGCGGCUCUGGUGGCAAAGAAGAGGAAUGCGAGAAGGACAAACCGGCUCCUUCUACCCCGACCUCUGCGACCGGAGAUGCCGUGUAUUUUCCGGCAGAAGGAAACAAGUCUGGAUCUACUACUUCUAGCGGCAGUAAACAGGGCAGCGGCUCUUCGCAUUUGUCUCGCGACUCCGGUGGCAGAGGCAGUGGUAGCAGCGGUGGCGGCAACGACGACGAAGGUUCCAGCCCCGAGGGCUACGGAGACGACGAUAUCAGCAGCGGCGGUGAUAGCAGUGGCGAUGACGGCAGCACGCCCGAAGGCUACAGCAAUGGUGACACGAGCAGCGGUGGCGGCGACAUCAGCAGUGGUGGCGACAGCAGUGGCGAGCAAGAGGCCAGCCCAGAAGGCUACGGCAGGGAUGGCGGUACAAGCAGCAGCGACAAGGACAGCAGCGGUGGCGGCAAUGGCAGCAGCAGCACCAGUGGUAAAGACAGUGAAAGCUGUGGCCCUGCAGCACCCUUCAAGCACAUCGUCAAGGUGUUUAUGCCGCCUAUGUCUACGGCUCAGGGUAUAAGCUCGGGUGGAGGCAGCGCGAUGGGUGUCACUUCUGGCGGUUCUAGUGUUGGUGGAAGCAGUGGAAGCUCGGAUCCUCCAUCGUCGCCUGAUGACUCCAUGUCAUCGAUGCCAGGAAUGUCGUCCAAUUCCAGCUCGAGCGAUAGCAGCGACAGUGCAUCUGGCCCCUCAACCAAUUCUUCUGGCAGCGACGACACGUGUCCAGCGUCGAGCAAAGCCACGAUGACGUUCUCAGCCUGCGACUUUGCUACACUUUUCGGCCGCAUGCAUAUCACAGCUUCGCAACUUGCCAUCUUCGAAGCGGGCAUCCAAGGUCUGCUCAACUCGCAGAAUGCGACCUACACCGUCGACGGUAAACGCAUUUCGGCCGAUCAGCUGGCUCAACCGCUGGAUGCGGGGAUCAAGGAUGCUCUGCGUGUCGCUGACGCUGCCAAGGCAGGAGGAGGAGCGAAGGGUGGUGCAGCUGUUCACAGUCGUGCGCUCGUCCGUGGAGAAGAUGGUGAUGGUGUCAAGAAGGGGAUGACGGUGAAUCCUCGGAAUCGGUUCAUGUACAAGGUUCGACGUUCGCUGUUUUAG